AUGCGUCUCGUCAGCUUAGCCCAACUCCUGCCCAGCAUUUUGCUGUUCAGCUAUGCACUCGCCGCGAAGUUCUCAGGCCAGAUACCAAUCAGGGACGGGGUGAUUGGCGGGGUCAGCAAAACUCCUGCGCUAGAGGCCGACCGACCCCUCGAGCUCAAUGAGAAUCUUUCCCCGCUGGUGACCCCCGGUGCGCUCCGUGUCGUGGAAAACUCUGGGGUGUGCGAGACGACUCCUGGCGUUUACCAGGCCUCCGGAUAUGGCGAUCUGUCAGCUACCGAGAGUAUUUUCUUCUGGUACUUUUCGUCGCGCAGCCCCAAUGCGUCUGCACCUCUCACGCUGUGGUUCAACGGUGGGCCCGGAAGCUCUUCGAUGAUCGGAUUGCUCCAGGAAAACGGCCCGUGUCGAAUCACCAACAAUUCAGCCUCCGUCACGCUGAAUCCGUUCUCGUGGAACACGAAAUCGAAUCUGCUCUUCAUCGACCAACCUGUUGGCGUCGGCUUCUCGCACGGAACGACCAGCGUCGGCACCAGUCAGGCAGCAGCUCAAGACGUGUGGUCCUUCCUGCAGAUCUUCUUCAAGGACCCGCGAUUUGCGUCGCUUGCCACGCACGAUUUGGCCAUCUGGACCGAGUCCUACGGCGGGCACUACGGUCCGACGUUUGCCGCCUACUUCUUGCAGCAGAAUAAGGCGAUCGCCGCCGGAACCGUUAAGGGACUGACCCUGAACCUCAAGACAUUGGGUAUCGGCGACGGCUUGACGGAUCCGAUCACUCAAUAUCCGGGGUACCUGACCUACGCGGCGUCCAACCCGUAUCACCCACUUGUCUCUGCCACCACGAUCUCAGCAGCAACGAAGGAGUAUAACACGGCGACCACAGGGUGUAAAGCCCGAAUCACGGCUUGCAACGCUGGUGGCUCAAAUGCGGUGUGUUCUGCGGCUCAGAGCACGUGCAAUAACAACAUCCUGUCCCCGCUCGUCGGAAACUUCGACGUGUAUUACAUCCUAUCCGGCUCCAACGACCCGUACCCACCCGACAUCUCUUCCUUCCUAGCCUCAGUCCGCACCAAAGUCGGCGCUGAGGUGACCUGGGCGGAGACCAACAACAACGUGUACAACAAUUUCGCUGCCACCGGGGACUGGAUGCGCAGCUCACUGCCCAACUUGGAGACAGUGAUCAACGCUGGGGUCAGGGUCACGAUAUACGGAGGAGAUGCCGACUAUAUCCUCAACUUUAAUGGCAUUGAGAAUAUGAUCGCGUCAAUGAACAACCAGUUCAGCGCACAGAUCAAUGCUCAAGCAUUUAAGCCAUUCACAGUCAAAGGGUUGCUAGCCGGCCAAUUCAAAACCGCUGGAACAUUCUCCUAUGUGCGGAUCUACGGUGCCGGGCACGAGGUUCCGGCGUACAAGAACGGAUCUCUGGCCGUGGGUCAAGCAGCCUUCCAACUGUUUGACCAGACCAUGUCCCAGCAACCUCUCUCGGCUACCUAG